UUCGUCGUGAUUCGGCAGGCACAUUUGACCAUUGGACGCUUAGUGAUUUUUUUUGAGCCGACUGUUACGAUGAAAAUGUGCGGAUGGUGUUGCUUGUUAGGCGUUGCGGCGUAGUGCGUAAGUCUUGUGAUGAUGGCGUAAUUGGGUGGAUAGGGAUUGUUGGGUUCCGAGUCAAUGUACUGUGCCAUCAUGUGCUGUGCCGUGUUGUUGCGGGGCCUCAUGGGCUGUGUGAUUCAAGAUUCAAGAUACAGACACUGCAUAUUAACUAAUGUGCCGUCGGAUUCGGGUAUCGAGCCGAGGGCAAGUCAUGAUGAUCUCGUCUGGAACAACGACAAGGGAUGGUUGUAUGUGGAUGCAAUGUGGAUGAGCUGGAAGGACGAUGGAUUAAGGUUGGAGUGGGGGUCGUCCAUCCCGCGCUGUGCUCUUCUCUGCCCAGCUCUGUCCCAUGAGGUGAGCCUCUCGAAAAUUCGUCUGGGAUGGGCCUUGAUGUCUCGGAUAAGACAAUGCGCGGAGAAGGUAGAUGUCUUCGCUUACGCAAUUCAAGGAUAGAGACUGCAGCUCUGCCACGGGCAUGAGGCACAGCUGAGAUACG